AUGACCUCCCGACUGGUACUGGUCCUCGGUGACCUUUUCAUACCAGACCGAGCCCCAUUCAAAAAGCUCCUUGCACCAAACAAAAUUGGCCAAAUCCUCUGCCUGGGCAAUCUCACCGACAAAGAAACCUACGAUUUCCUUCGGGGCAUAGCCCCAGAUCUACAGAUCGUCAAGGGUGACUUUGACGUCGAAGCACCCAACCUUGCUCUUUCAAAAGUUGUGACACAUGGCUCCCUACGUAUUGGCUUCACGCAUGGGCACACGAUAAUACCGCCGGGUGAUGCAGAUAGCUUGUUGAUUGCAGCACGACAUAUGGAUGUCGAUGUUCUACUAUGGGGAGGCACACACAAAUUUGAGGCGUAUGAGCUUGAAGGAAAGUUCUUUGUGAAUCCGGGAAGUGCAACGGGGGCGCUGGGGACAGGGUGGUGGGCAGAAGGGGAAGAGCCCGUGCCGAGCUUUUGUUUGAUGGAUGUGCAAGGUGAUGUCCUGGUGCUCUAUGUAUAUCAGCUGAAGACUGAUGCAAGCGGUGUGGAGACUGUUGGCGUGGAAAAAGUCUCGUUCAGGAAGCAGAACAGUGGUUCGGCAGCUUGA